ACCUAACUCGUUAAGUUGAGCGAUUUUGCAUUAAACUCAAAAUAAGCGCCAUUUUUCUUCUGCAGAAGAGUAGAUCAACGUUUAGACUAAAAAAUAAAAGGGUAGCUCUAUUACCCCCACAGGUGGUGUCUAUAGCGCCACUGAAUAGAAUGUUUAGUUAUUGUCUGGUCAUUGAAAAAAUUACAUAUAUAUUUAGAUGGUUCAAAAUUUGAAUGUAUUACAGAUCAUAGUGCAUUACAAUGGUUAUUUGACUUCAAUGGGCAUAAUAAAUGUUCAUUAAGCUGGUCGCUAAGUGUACAAAACUACCGUGAUACAAUGAAAAUAGUUCAUAAACCGGGCAAAAAACAUAAUAAUGUUGAUCCAUUAUCUCGUAACCCAUUACCAGUGAAUCAACAACCAUUUGGUCAACUGCAAUCGUUAACUGUACCAAAAGGGAGAUGA